GGGUGGAGUAACGGCGGGAGGUGGAAAGCAGUGGGCGGAAGUGUAAAAAGCUAGGAAGGGCGAAAUCCCAGACUAGGGUCUUACACCAAGUCACCUGAAAAAUCCAAAAAAAAAACAGAAAAAAAAGAAGAAGAAAAAGAAAAAAAAAAAGAAAAAAAAAGGAGAGAUCUCUAGAGAGAGGGGAAAAGAAAAAGCACAAGGUUGAGAAAAUGGCAGGAGGAUCGUUUGCACCAACAGGGGAAGUGAAACACUAUGCAGGGAAGGUCACCGGCUUUGUGGUCAUCACUUGCAUUGUGGCUGCAUUUGGUGGGCUUAUCUUUGGAUAUGAUAUUGGAGUCUCAGGGGGAGUUACUUCCAUGGACGCGUUCUUGAAGCAAUUCUUCCCGCAAGUCUAUGCCAAGCAGCUCCAGGCCCAUGAGAACCAGUACUGCAAAUUCGACAGCGAACUGCUAACCAUGUUCACGUCAUCCCUGUACGUAGCUGGUCUGCUGGCAUCUUUCUUUGCCUCCUCAAUGACUCGUCUCUAUGGUCGACUCCCAUCAAUGCUCUUCGGUGGUGUCACAUUUCUUAUCGGUUCGGCCGUCAAUGGAGCUGCCAAGGACGUAACCAUGCUCAUCGUAGGUCGCGUGCUUUUGGGCGUUGGUGUUGGCUUCGCUAAUCAGUCUGUUCCGGUGUAUCUCUCUGAAAUGGCCCCUGCCAAGAUCAGAGGAGCGCUGAACAUGUGCUUCCAGUUAGCCAUCACCAUUGGCAUCUUUGCCGCCAACCUAGUGAACUAUGGCACCAGCAAAAUCAAUGGCGACUAUGGUUGGAGAAUUUCCCUUGCACUAGCAGCAGUACCAGCAAUCAUCAUGCUUGCUGGAGCCGUCUUCCUCCCCGAAACGCCCAACUCCCUCAUUGAACGCGGACAAGUAGAGAAGGCAAAGGCUAUAAUCCAGAAGAUCAGAGGAACUAGCGAAGUAGAAGAAGAGUUGCAGGACAUAAUCGACGCCAGCGAGGCAUCCAAGCAGGUGGCGCACCCAUGGGCCAACAUCCUUCAGAAGAAGUACAGGCCUCAGCUUGUGAUGGCCAUAGCCAUUCCCAUGUUCCAGCAGUUCACCGGCAUCAACAUCAUCAUGUUCUACGCUCCUGUGCUCUUCAAGACACUUGGAUUUGGAGACGAAGCCUCGCUUAUGUCCGCCGUGAUCUCUGGCCUCGUUAAUGUGCUCGCCACCUUCGUCUCGAUCGGCACCGUCGACAAGUUCGGCCGCAGGGCCUUGUUCCUCGAGGGCGGCGUCCAAAUGUUCAUCAGCCAGCUUCUGGUCGGCGUCGUCAUCGGCAAGACAUUCGGCACGUCCGGCACCGGGACAAUAACAAAGGGCUCGGCAAACUUCGUGCUCUUCUUGAUCUGUGCCUACGUUGCCGCCUUCGCCUGGUCAUGGGGCCCUCUCGGAUGGCUGGUUCCCAGCGAGAUAUUCCCAUUGGAGGUUCGGUCCGCAGGCCAGUGCAUCAAUGUGGCGGUGAACCUUCUUUUCACCUUCGUCAUAGCCCAGGUCUUCCUGUCCAUGCUCUGCCACCUCAAGUUCGGACUCUUCUUCUUCUUCGCCGGCUGGGUGCUCCUCAUGACCAUCUUCAUCUUCUUCUUCCUGCCGGAGACCAAGAACGUGCCGAUCGAAGAGAUGGAACUAAUAUGGAGGAAGCACUGGUUCUGGGGAAAGAUCAUUCCCCAGGAAGACGAUCGUGCUCAAUCAAAACCCAAACCUGCACAAAGCUGAUCCUCAGGUGCACAAGGAAGACGAUGGCGACGAAGAUCACGGUGUCUUAACAAUUCAUCUUUUAUCGGGUGGUUUAAUGAUCUAUAUGUAAAUGGUUGGUUGCCUUCAAAAUUGUGAAGAAUGGAAUAAGAACAUCAUGAAAAAUAUUCUAUUGGAGAAAAAAAGAGCCAAGUGUGAUGCAUGAGCGCGUGAUGUGAAUCCUUCUUCGGAUAAAAACGCAAAAAAAAAGCACAAACUAACACUAUUCAUUGGGGUGUCCUUUUGUAUUGAAGCAUGUUUGUG